AUGAAGGAACCAUGCUUUCGGUGUAAAAGACCGACUUAUUUCAAUGAUAAGGUGGGUCCGUUGAAAGACGGUGCUCUCUUUCAUAAAGGAUGCUUCAAGUGUUGGAUUUGUGGGACGAGGCUCUCUUUGAAAACAUAUCAUAACAAUCGAAAUGAUACACAAGAUCUUGAGGUGUAUUGUGCAGGUCAUGUGCCGACUCCCGGUCCUCACGAUCCAAUCCCACACAGAUCAAAUCUUCUGUUUUCUCCAAAAACGAAAGGCGAAUAUCCACAUAAUAUGAUGAGACCGACGGGACCUGUU